GUAAGAGUGAAACGAUCCAUAAAGAUAACAGAGAAGAUAGAAUGUAGUGUGACUGCGUGUGUGGCAUGGAAGCUCGUCCCGUCACUUUCCCUUUCUCCUUCUCCCUCACUAUUUCGCUUCAGCCUUUGAGGAACCCUAAUUUCUCUCCCAUACAAAACCCAUCAACUCAGUUCCGCUGCUGCUUUUCCAGGUCCCGUAGUCGUAGUGAUGGCGCUGGUGACUUCUGGGACUCAAACGCUGAGGAUCUCCGAAGCGGAAGGUUCAAAUUCAAAUACGAUGAAGAAUCAAUUGGAGAAGAUGAAGAAGAUGGAGAGUAUGACGAAGACUUGGGUUUCAGAAAGAGAAGGAAGCAACAGCGGAGCUGGUGGCAGGAUAAUUCAUGGUCGGAGAUGGACCAACAGCCCGGGGUUUUGGAGGAAGCCAUUGAUAGUAUUUGGAUUUUCAAGGUAUUCAAAUCCUUUGGGUGGUUGCUUCCAGCCAUCAUCGUAUCGUUGCUGCUCGACACAGGUCCUAAAGCUUUCCUUAUGGCAAUGGCACUUCCACUUGGACAGUUGUUACUUUCU